UAAAAUACACCUCAAUCUUUUUAUCCCUCUACCCAUUCUUCAAACUUUCAAUCUUUUCAUCCUUCAGGGAAGGGACGGGGCGGUGCAUGUGGCAGGUAAUCAGAAAACUUCUGGAAGAGUUGUGAGAAGUGGGUGGGUAGCUGCGGGGGAUUAGACAGAGAGAGGAGUAUAAAAGAGGAUGAUGGGAGAAGGAAGAAAAGUAGAUGCGAGACUGCAGGAGAAAAAAAAAGGGCUUGGAGACUGAGGAAAAUUGAAUCCUCCGAAAGACUCACUGCCAAUCGAAUCCUCCGACAGUCUCACUGAGGAAAUGAACACCAUGGAUGCCCCAGCACCUACAGACAAGAAGGCACCCCCAAGGUUCAAGCAGAGAACAGUCCGGACUUUCAAGAGCAAAGCACCAAGACCAGGGCAGAAGGGUUUUGGAGAUGACAUCCCAGGAAUGGAGGGUCUGGGGACAGACUUCACUGUGAUUUGUCCAUGGGAGGCUUACGGUGACAUGGAACUAAGCGAUCUGGCGAAAUAUGGAAUUUUGUAGUUUGCAGGCUUCCCCUCUCUAUUUUUUGGACCCCUCACUGUUGAAAUUUUUCACCACUAUUUCAUGGUGGUACACUUUACUAAUCCUCCAUUCCUCAGAGAAUAUUGUAACCCUGUGUAGCAAACGGUUGCAUUAAAACCACUUUCGGCCUGAAUACAGCCGAGGUGGUGUAUCUAUCCUCCCAAUACCAGUUCAUGUGUAUAUAAUUGUAAAUAAAUUUGUCUAAUAAGGGGUUAAGGAUUGUUGCAUCUAAAACAUUGGAACACGUCAACUGAUUUCCUUCCAGACUAUGGAACUGGUGAGGCAUCAUUUCCAGUUCUGUUAAAUUUGCAUACUUAAAUGUGAUUGGUUCUUAGAUUUUAU